AUGCUCGCUUUAAACCUGUUCACACCCCGCUCACAACGUCUUCUUCAAUUUGCCCCUUUUUCCCUUUCCCUAAUUCCGUUUCUUCAACAUCAUCUGGAGUCCGAAGAAAUUAAUGGCAGACUGGGGACCAAUACUUGUGGGUGUAGUACUCUUCAUAUUGUUGCAACCCGGACUCCUUUUUCAGUUACCCGGAAACGCCAAGCAGCUGGAGUUCGGGAGCAUGAGGACCAACGGCAAGGCUAUCGCCGUUCACACUCUCAUCUUCUUCGCCAUCUACACCAUUCUUGUCCUCGUCCUCCAUAUCCAUAUCUACACUGGCUGAUCUCAGAUCUAUCUGGAUCCCUAGGGCCUAGUUAAAGCUACGCAACUGAUCUUCAUUGUCGUAUCAGGUUUUGAUCGAUCAUUAACGGAUAGUGUUAUGUGUUAAUUAAUUAGCCUAUAUAUGUGUUUUUAACUUCCUAUCAAUCAAAACCUGCC